AUGUCAAUACAAGGGGGGUUGUUUGGGAACAACAUGGCGUUGCAAACAAACGCUGCUUUGGGAGUGUCUUCCACGAAUUUGGCCGGCACGGGAAUGUCAUCAACAAACCUUUUAGGCGCAGGAAUGUCGUCAACGGGACUUGGAGGCGCAGGAAUGUCAAACACGGGAUUAGCUGGUACUGGCAUGUCGAAUUCCGGAUUAGCAGGAACGGGGAUGUCUAGUCUAUUUGGAGGAGGAAGUAUAUUAGGAAACGAUUUGCUGGCGGGAACACAAACGAAUGGUGUGACGUCAAGUGGGACAGCACAAGUGGUCAAUGGUACAUUGAUAACUGGGAAGGUGGUAGACAUAUCGAAGACAAAAGUUAUUCACAGAUUUUCAUUCACAAAUGACGAAGAGAAUCGAACACCAGAGAAGUAUAAAACCAUAUUUGAAUCACCGCUGUCGGAGAUCGAUGGGUGUUUGCUGUACGACAUCAAAAUUGUCUCGCCAAUAUUCUCGUCGAUCCAGUGCGAAGUCCAAGUGGAAAACCAAAAGGAAACGAUCUCAUGUCCCAGAAAGGUUAUUGAUGAUUUUUGCAAAGCAAACAAAGUCAGCGACACAGAGGCGAUUGCGUUGUGCUAUCUCCUCAAGAAAAAGAAAUUGAGGUUUUCAAUUUCGAAUUUGCAAAAUCAGUACUAUGCGUCAAUCGUUUCAACGUUGGUACUGUUGGACAAGGCGUAUGUUGCUCCAUCGGAGUCCAUGACAAAAUGUGCGUUUUCAUUGGUCGACGACAUCGUUGAUGCGUUGGCAACCCGACACGUUAAAAAGGAAAGUGAAAUUGUUAUUAACGCGGCGUUUUUGUUACUCCGUGAGUUAAGUGCACACGUGUCGUUCGAUCAACACCAAAUGGAUUUGAUUAAAAUCAUACAGAAACAAGCAGGGGACAAAGAAGAUAUCAAGAUGAAAUGCUUCUUAGUUGUUGUUGGAACGUUCAUCAAAUUUACUAAACACCCACUUGGCGCUGUUUGUCCGAAACCAAACAUCGCCUUACUCGAAGAUAUCAAAGACGAUGCAAAGUAUGCGCUCUUGUAUAUUAUAGUUAUGAGACUUCAACGAAAGACAAACGUUUUGGUUCUUUCGUUUUUGGAAAAGAUCAUCAACAACCCGCAGAUAUUAACAAAAAUGGCAACCUCGUCCGUGUUCAGCGAAGACGGAGGAAAGGAGUGGAUCAAUGUUUUCUCACAACUUAUAUUAUCGUUUGUCAUGACUUGUAACGAAGAGAAUAUCGAAGAGAUAUUUAGUUGUGCUAAGGAGUUUGGAACGCGGUUGUUGGAUUGCUUGGUUGUUGCCGUGAAGAAUUUCAAAAAUGACGUUUCGUUGUGGGAUGGUCCAUUGGAGUACUUUGUCCCAACUCUCUCGAGGUGCACACUUGACGGGAAUUCGGUUUCGACAAUUCUCGCAUUUUUUGUUUCCGUCUGUGACAACACAGAAAAUGCAGAAAACAUGUAUGAACUGUUUGUUGAGGGAAAGAGUGGUGUGAUGGGAUGGGAGAUGAUUAAACCAUCGUUCACUGCACUUGUGUUGGGAAAGAGGAGCAAAAGUGGAAAUCAGGAACUUGUUUAUAUGCAUUUGUACAUCAGAUUAAUGAGAAAGAUAUUUAAACAUAGUCCCAAAAGUGGGGAGAAAUUUUUGGCUGAGAACGAGUCAUUUGUAUCAAUGUUGGUCGAAGCAUUGACGGGGAGCGUUUCUGUGAACUUGAAGGCCGCAUGUUUGGACCUCAUUGACGAAUUGGUAGUGUUGGAAGAUGACAUGGAGGACUUAUGGAACGUUCACAUCCAACGACUCCAACUGUUCCAGAAGAACACAUUGUGGGACAUUGUUAAGGAGUGUGACAAACCAAAUGGGCUCAUGCUUUUGUCUUCAUUUGUCAAAUUUUUCAUAAAACUGUUGCAACACCUUCCAAAAAGCAUUGCCAAAGAGAUGAUUCAAUUGUCUUCAAUGACUCAAUUUUUCAUAUCAUCGUUUUCUAAAUUGCCAAACACACUAAAAUACGUGUUGGACGAUAACCGGCCUUUCGAAGGGAAAGAGAACAAAUUUUGUUUUUCGCUUUCAAGAAGGUUUAUCAUGCUUUUUACCGAAUUAUCAAAACUUACUGGUGUGACUGAUCCAAAGAAAGUGGUGAGCAACCUCAAAGACGUUGAAAACCUUCCCACUGAAAUUUUCAUGAGACAUAUAUAUGACAACAUGUACAAAUACUCGUCGAAUGUGAUUUAUAACGUUAUGUUUGUCUUUUUGAAGGCAGCCAAGAUGAUUGAGAGAGAACUGAGUAUUUCUCCGUACAUCAAAAGAACAACUGAGCGCAUUUUGGACUUCAUUGACACGUUUAUGAACAUUCCAGACAGCUUAUUUUUGGCGAAGGAAAUGAUGACCUCAACAAAAAUUAUUGUUAGACAGUUCGAGCAACGCCCUCGUCUUAUUUCGUUUGUGUUGAGUGCUGGAAUCAACUUCGAAAUGGGAGAUAAGUGGUUUGAACUCUUUGAGGUUUUGCUCAAAGACGUUUCGAUGAUGAAAAUGAACGAAGUUUUUAGAGAUGAGGAAAUGUACGGAGUUUUACACACCUACUUUAUGCAACAAUUGAAGGAAGGAGGUGUGAUGGUGAGAAUAGUGUCAGUGAGUAUGAAAAGGACUGGCGGAUAUUCAUUUGGUAUGCGAAUAAUGGGAAUCAGAGGAGGAGAAAAUAUCAUCGACCCCACUGUGUUUGCGGAUUUGGUUCAACUUAUUCGGUCUGGGGAGAUUGAAAUGAAAAUUUGCGCAGCGAGCAUCAUUUCCGGGUUGUUGCACACAAGAGUUUCGAAGAACAUUUUGUGGCACGUUGAGAAUGAGUUGAUACCCACAAUCUUGUCGCUGGUCGUCAGACCCACAGCAGAGACAGUCAAUUUGAAUCAACUCAACUUGGAGUUGUUGACCAUUUAUAAUUUCUAUGUCAGAGAUACAAGGCAGCCCACAUCUGUGGAUUUGCUUAUGCAAAUUUUCAACUUUUACGCGGUUUUAUGCCGACCGUUUAAUGAUGAGAAUGAAGCUGUUCAAUGUCUUCGUGUUGUGUGUGCGAAUGUCAGUGUUGUCGCGCCCAUGGUUGAGCCAAAAGUGUUGUUAAAUAUUGUCAAAGACAUUAUCGGUUUAAUUCAGAAAACAACACCAGCCGUUUUGUUCCCACUCUCAUUGACAUUGAUGACUGUAUGUACUUCAGUUGUUGACAAUUCCAUUGCGACGAGAGACAAAAGUGGACUUGAACUACUUUCAAAAAUGCUUUUGAGCAUCUUUGCUAUUAUGCAAUCCCACCCCAUGUCACUUGGUACGUUUAUGUUAAUAUAUUCGUUGAUGCUCCAACAGGAGGGAUUUGAACUACCACAAGAAUUGAUGAAAGUAAUGCCAAUGAUCCCGUUCAACCCAGCACAUAUAAGUCUUUUGACAUCAUAUGUCCAACACCACGAAAUCCCAAAAUAUGUUAUUGAUGUGCUUCCAACACUUUUCGAGAAUCCCAACACCUUCCCGUUGUUACUUGCUAUAUCUACAACGAGAAAUGGGUGCUUGGUGUUGCUGAGACAAGGCAUAUUCUCGAUAUUCCAAACAACUGUUGUCUUAACACCAAACCAAUACAUAUGGAGGGUGCUCAGAAAUGUCUCUGAGAAUUGCACCGAAGACGACUUACAGCAAGUCAAAAUUUUAAUUGCGAAUAAACCAACUGUUAUUUCAAUGCUGAAAUUCCCAGACCACUUUAUCCGCAGCGAGACAUCUGGUGUUAUUAAGGUUGAUUUUACUUUGAGUAGACUCGAGACGCACGCCGACAUUGUAAACUUCAUCAUCAAUGUGUGGAAUGGAAAUGGUGACCAUCCAAUUAUUGGUGACUUACUCACGUGGAUUGUUGAGAUGCGAAACUUCUCGGUGAACAGUUUAGACCACUCGAGCCAGAAAUAUGCAAACAUUGGGAAGAAAACAACGAAAGAAGACUGCGCUUUGAUUGACAUCAUGUCUGGCGCGUUUGAUUACAUCGCCAAAGUCCUUAUCCGAAACUUGAACGAAAGUAUCUUCAGUCAAAAGUACAAUGAAGCGAUUUUGGUCAACUUCAUGAAGCAAUUGUACAGCACCACGAUUUCUAAACUGGAGAACGUCCAAGAUGAACUUAAAGAGAUGUCAAAAAUGAAAGAAGAGACAAUAAACAUCAAACACUUGUUGGAGUUGAGUGGCGAGAACAACGAAAAUGUCUCCCAAACAAGACUCAAAACGAAAUAUUCGACUGCGUUUGAAGAAAAGGUAGAUAUACUGAACAAGGCAGCUACUCGUUUGAAUCGUGUGAUUUCGAUAUUCCAAGAAUACUUCCCCAAUCUCAUCUAA